AUGUCGAGCAUGGACAUCUCCAGAUUCACCAGCCUCCACGUCGUGGCAUGGACGUGGCAGAACCUCUGGGCUUUACUUGCUAUUGCGCGCGACGCGAUAUACAAUGCGUACUUCCACCCGCUGAGCCGGUUCCCAGGGCCAAGAUUGGCAGCUUUCAGCAAUGCACCGUUUUCUAUAGCGUUCCUCGGAGGGAGACAACCUUACAAGAUGCUGGGCCUGCAUCGCCGUUACGGCCCCGUCGUCCGCGUCGCGCCCAACGAGCUCUCGUUCAGCACGGCACAGUCCUUUCGCGACAUCUACGGUUUUCGCCAGGGGCACAAAACCUUCGCGAAGUCCGGCUUCUACGAGGGAGGUAGUUUCGCGGCCAAGGGAGUCCACUCGAUCGUGUCGGAGCGCGACCCCACGAUCCACGCGCAGAUGCGGCGACUCUUAUCGCAUGCCUUCAGCAACACGAGCCUCCUGGAGCAGGAAGAGCUUGUUACGGAUAGCGUGGAUAAGUUUGUAGCCCUUACGAGGACGAAGGUCGGCCAGCGCUUUGAUAUCGCGGAUUUGUUUGAACGGAUGGCGUUCGAUAUCAUAGGGAACCUGGCGUUCGGCGAGACUUUCGGGGCACUGGAAACAGACGAGCGUCAUCCUUGGAUCACCAUCGCGAUGGGAGCUUUAACCAAGGGCGCCCUCGUGGACUCGUUAAAGCGCUUCCCUAUGUUAGCCAGUAUCGUUAAACUUGUCAUGCACAAGCAAAUAGCAGUACUCAUCGACGACACCAAUAAGAACGAGGAUCUGGCAAUCAAAUUGGUCAACAGGCGCGUCUCUCGUCCGAUUACUCGAAAAGACUUCCUUACGCGUAUUCUCGAGCAGCGGACCAAACACAAAGUAUCAGACGUAGAACUAGCCGCACACGUCUCAGACUUCGUGCUAGCCGGCAGCGAGACUACUUCUACGGUCCUCUCUACAGCGACUUACUACCUCCUCAAGGAUCCCACUGUCUACGGUAAGUUGGCUUCCGAAAUUCGACGUGCCUUCGAAUCGGCAGACGAGAUCAACGAGGCGACCACCCGCGACCUAGCGUAUCUGAACGCCGUCUGCAAAGAAGCGAUGCGCAUCUACGCCCCGCUACCUCUCGCCCUUCCAAGAGAGGUGCCAGAGGGAGGGGAUACCGUCGACGGACAUUUUCUCCCGGCUGGGGACAAGACCGUGGUCGCAACCAAUCCCGUUGCGGCGAGUCUCGAUCCGACGAAUUUCGCAGAUCCUCUCCUGUUCAACCCGGAGCGGUGGCUCGACGACUAUCAGGGAGAGGACGACCUCGAGGCCAGUCAGCCGUUUAGCUUAGGAGCGAGAGGAUGUCUCGGCAAGAGCCUUGGUUGGAUGGAAAUGCGUCAGAUCUUGGCCAAAUUGAUCUGGAACUUCGACUUGGAGCUCGCAGAUCCGGAUCUCGACUGGCACAGGGACUCGCGCAUGUACACGUUGUGGUCGAAACCGCAUCUCCACGUGACAGCGAAGUUGGUAGAUCAGCAGUAG